UAAAUAUUCUAUCAAGAAGACAUGGAUAACAAAUCCCUCCAAGAAUGAGUAAUCGAUGACAACUUCAAAAUCGAUAUGCUUCUAGGAACUGGUGGUUCUUCAAAAGUAUACAGUUGUUCAGAUGCAAAUAAGGACCUCUACGCAGUAAAGAUUAUAAGGAAGGAUAAAAAAUUCAGCCAAGGGCUUGCUACAGCUCUUCUUGAUACUGAGAUCAAUGUGAUGCAGCAGAUGCAAGAGCACCCUAAUAUUCUCAACGGUUUUCAUGUAAAUACUAAUGGAAUUAUUGAUAUUCAAGGUGAAAAGCACGAGAUUAUGUACUGUAUAGUUGAGUUAGCCAAAAAGGGAGCUAUUAGGACCUUUGUCAAAAGAUCAGGACAUUUCGAAGAAGAAAUAGUAAGGUUUUAUGCUACCCAGAUAGCCAAUGCUCUAGCUUACUUCCAUUCUAAAGGCUAUGCUCACUUGGAUGUCAAAGUUGAUAAUAUUUUACUGGAUGAAAACUAUAACUCGAAACUUGCAGAUCUUGGUACAAGUGUUCAAACCAAUUUCGGUUAUACCUCCUCAAGAUGCGGAACUAAACAAUAUAUCGCUCCAGAAAUUUUGAAAGGAGAUGGGAAAGAUCGAUUCAAUGCUUUCAAAGCUGAUGCUUACUCACUAGGUGUUACCCUGUAUGUAAUGCUUACUGGAAAUUUCCCCUCAAAAGCUGAAUCAACACUUCACACUUGAGACUAUUCUUAUAAUCCUAUAGAAUCACAGAAAGAUAAAGAAGGAAGCUAUAUCCUUUCUAGCCUUUCAAAGGAUUGCAGAGACUUUUUGAGCUGCCUCUUGAAUCAGGACCCAAUGGAAAGAUCUACCGUCUUAGAUAUAUUAGACCAUCCUUGGAUUUCUGAUCCUGACUCUUGCAUUCCUGCUUUCGAAGUUUAUAUGGAAAUGAAAGCUAGAGAAGACUUUAUUGUCGGAAGUUGUUCUGAGAGUUCAUAAAUCUCAUCAGAUACUAACCCCUACAUCUCGAUUGCAUAGGCUCUUUGCCUAGGCAAAUGUUCAUUAUUCUACAUCAUUACUUAUCUACAUCUUUACCC